AUGGCGGACAACGCAACUUUCGGGGAAUACCAUAGGCUUCAUUCCUUCAUCAAAGUGAUUUCCGGUUCCCGCAACAAAGAGGAAUUGCGGCUACCUCCACAAUGGGUUGCGGAAUAUGGGAAUGACCUGUCGUUCGACUGUCGGCUCGUGAUGCCAAAUGGAUCCAGUUGGCAAGUCCGCGCGCUGAAAAUAGCCAGUGGAUGCCACUUUUGCGUUGGAUGGUCGGAAUUCCGGCGCGGGAAUAAUAUUUCCCAUGGUGAGAAACUAACCUUCACUCUCGUCGAUGUGGGGAUUUUCCACGUAAAAAGAUACAAGUUGGGGACCGGGUGUCCGCCACGCUGUGAUCGCGAAGCGUUAACUGAGGAGGAAGAGGACGAUGAGGUCUACACACCUGACAUUGAUUCGUCGGACGAUUAUCCCCCCUCCGACGUGGAAUCCGAGUCAGCAGACGACAGUGACUACGACGCUGAUAGGAGUGCGCUUGAUGAAGACGAGUAUCCCACAUGGUCGUUGAAGCUGACCAAAUCAAACACCAAGCGAACAAUAGAAAUUCCUAAUGAAUUUUGGCAACUUCACCUACGUGCCGCCCCGAAGCAGAGUGUCGUGCAUUUUCUAGUCGACGGGCAAACAUGGCGGAUCUUGCUCAAGCAUAGCUCGGGCAAGAUCUGGGUCAAGCAUGGAUGGCGCCACUUCAAGGAUGCCAACGCGUUGUUCCCAGGUGUUCGUUGCCACUUUAAACUCGUUGAUGCGCAGGAUAUCCAGUUCUAUGUUUGGUUUGAUCGGCCAUAA